UGUACUUCCACUGUCCCUGAAUUUCCACACCAUUUGACGCUUUCCUUCCUUCGCGCCCUCAUGCGUGAGAACCGCCUUUUAUUUGCACGAUGGGUUAAGCAUUCAUUAGUUUUAACCUAGUUUUGAUCUGCACUUUAGACGAUUGUGGCCAAUGUACACGCAUGAUGCGUAAUGAUGCCGAUAUUUUGGGGACGGGAGCGCUUCACUCGUUUUGGAUGAAGAGAAUCAUUUUUUAUUCCCUCCGAGACUCCUGAGCUUUUUGGCUGGUUUUAAUUUCUGAAAUGGAGUGCGAUCUGAGGCCCAGGGUGUGCUACUUGGUCAAAACAGAACGCGGUUAUGGUUUCCACUUGCACGGCGAGAAAAGUAAAGGCGGACAGUUCAUCCGGAGAGUGGAGCCCGGCUCCUCGGCUGACCUGGCUGGACUGAGACCCGGGGACCGAGUGGUGGAGGUCAACGGCGAGAAUGUGGAGAACGACAGUCAUCACCAGGUGGUGGAGCGGAUCAGAGAAGUACCCCACCGAACCCGACUACUGGUGGUGGACCGAAACACGGAAGACUACCUCCGAAGCUGCGGUCUGGCUUGUACAGAAGAUCUAGCCAUCGAGAUGGGGACACUCUCCCCACGUCCCUCACCAAUGGCCACACCGUCAACUUCCCCUUUACCCAGGGGGAUUUCACCUAAGUCCUUGAAACCUGACACCACGCUUCUUUCCACAAACUCCUGCACUCUUUUCAAUUCACAAGACAAAGUAAAGAGGUCGUCAAUGACGUCAAGUACUGUGACAGACGUAGAGCUACAGAUGGAGGCCUCCCCAGAGCCAUCAGCAGAGUUACUUCCCCGCCUCUGUCAUUUGGUGAAGGGAGAAAAGGGCUAUGGCUUCAACCUGCACGGCAAUAAGGCAAAGUGUGGACAAUUUGUACGCUCGGUGGACCCUCAUUCACCUGCGGAGAGAGCCGACAUCCGUCCAGGAGACCGACUGGUGGAGGUAAACGGAGUGAACAUUGAGCGUCUGAGACACUCAGAGGUGGUGGCAUUCAUUAAAGAGGGAGAGCGAGAAGUGCACCUGCUUGUCGUCGAUAAGGAGACAGAUGAACUUUUCAACAGAUUGGGGAUCACGCCUACAGCACGCCAUGUCUACAUGGAGGAAACAGCCGUAGAAGUUGCCUCGUCUGCCCCUUCCCCUACAUCCACUGAAGGGCCGAUCAUCCAUGUCACACUGACAGACGCCGGGAUCACAAGUAUGUCCCCUAAACCCAGGGCCAAUGGGAGUUGUACGUCUCAGUCCUCAACCGGCUCAACAACUCAAUCAGAAAUCAGUAGCUCUGAUAUGAGUUUCCAGGUCCCUGAAGAAGAUGACAGGAGGGUUUUGGACCCAUUCAUGGACAGUGGCUUGCGUUUGAGUCCAACAGCUGCUGAGGCAAAACAAAAGGCUCUUGGCAGACGCAACAAAAAAAGAGCGCCCCCUAUGGACUGGAGUAGGAAACAAGAGAUCUUCAGCAAUUUCUGAGGUCAUGGAGCAGGACUAACAAGCAUAAAGGAUGCCCAUACAGCACAGUGUUUGCACAAAGAGAAAGUGAUGAAAAUACCAGACUCUAACAGACAAUAAUAUUCCGGACAAAGGGUGUUUUUUUUUUUGUUUUUUUUGCUUCCUGUAUCUCAUUCGAGAAUUGUUGCUUUAGUCUAACUUUGUAGUCAGGCAUAUGCACAGAUGUUUUCAGGGGCCAGUGCUCAAGCCAAGAAAAGGGCGCCCAUCGCCAGAUUUAUUCAUACAAGUAAGAAAAAAAUAUAGUAUGAUAUAUUUAACUUAUGUAUUUAUAUUUGUUAACACAAUCAGCACUCUAAUCAAAUAGGUUAACAUAAAAUAUCAAAUUGAAAAAAAAAGGAUUACAGGCAAAAAAAACUAAUCAGAAAAAUAUUCAAAUUUAUUGUAUGCUAUGAAUACAUUAAAAAAAAUUAAAUACUUAGUGAAAUACAGCCACAGUGGUAUGAAAAAAGUAUCUGAACCUUUUGGAUUUUUUAAAAUUUCUGCAUAAAAUCACCAUCAAAUGUGAUCAGAUCUUUGUCAAAAUCACACAGAUGAAAAUACAGUGCUUUAAAACCACCCAAACAUUUAUACGUUUUCAUAGUUUAAUGAGGAUAGUGUGCAAAAAAUGACAGAAGGGGGGAAAAUAAGUGAACCAUCACAUUUAAUAUUUUGUGGCCCCCACUUUGGUAGCAAUAACUUCAACCAGACGCUUUGUGUAGCUGCAGAUCAGUCUGGCACAUUGGUCAGGACUAAUCUUGGCCCUUUCUUCUCUACAAAACUGCUGUAGUUCAGUCAGAUUCUUGGGAUGUCUGACAUUAAUCGCUGUCUUUAGGUCAUGCCACAGCAUCUCAAUGGGGUUCAAGCCUGGACUUUUACUUGGCCUCUCCAGAACGUGUAUUUUGUUCUUCUGAAAUCCUUCUGAAGUUGAUUUACUUCUGUGUUUUGUCGUUGUCUUGUUGCAACGUCCAUCCUCUUUUUAGCUUCAACUGUUUGACAGACGGCCUCAGGUUUUCCUGCAAAACAUCCUGAUAAACUUUUGAAUUCAUACUUCCAUUAAUGAUUGCAAGUUGUC